GUCCCGCCGCGCUCGGGCCCGGGGCAGCGGGACCGGGACCGGGCCGGGCCAUGGCCCCGCACCCGCCCGGCGCCGGGCAGUACCUGCGCUCCGACAGCGGCGGCUCCGACACGCCCAUGCUGGCCGAGGGUGCCGCUGCCGGGCCCGCUCCCGGUCACUGUCCCGGUGCCGGUGCCGGUCCGGACGGCGGCCCCGGUGCGGCGCGGGGGCAGCGGCGGCGGCGGUGCGGGCCGCUGUGGGGCAGCGUGGCCGUCAUGGCUAUCCUGGCGCUGCAGAUCGCCUCCACCACCGGCCUCUUCGUCUACUUCACCAUGGCCAUCUCCAAGCUGAAGUCCCAGGCUCCGGGCAGCGCAGAGGAGCUGCGGUGUCUGCAGGUGCUCAAUCAGCAGCCCGAGGGCUCCAGCCUGGAGAAGCUGAGCAGCAGCCAGGGCUGCCUCAAGCUGGCCAGCACCAUCAAAGCCUAUGUGGCCACGGUGACCGAGAACAUCAUCCGCAGGAGCGCUGUGAAGGAGGCCUGGCGGAACUACUUCAACACCUCAGAGGGGCAACUUCCUCCCAAAACAGCUGGGAAGCCCUCAGCACAUCUGACCCUCCGCCCACAGAGCCUGGCUCAGGAUGGACGCUCCCAGCGCUCCGGGAACCUGUCCCAGUCGUGCCGCCACGCCAUCACGCACUGGGGGCACGGCAGCCUCGUGUCCCACGUGCAGAACAUGACGUACCGGGCCGGGCGGCUGCGCGUGGAGCAGCCGGGCAAGUACUACGUGUACGCGCAGAUCUACUUCCGCUACCGCGGCGCCGGCCGCGACUCGGGCCCGCAGCUGGUGCAGUGCAUCCAGUGGCAGCCGGCCCACAGCCCGCCCGUGCUGCUGCUCAAGGGCGUGGGCACCAAGUGCUGGGCACCCGAGGCUGACUACGGGCUCCACGCGCUCUACCAGGGGGGACUCUUCGAGCUCAAGGCCGGUGACGAGCUCUUUGUCUCCGUCUCCUCCCUGGCCAUCGACUCCGGUGACGCAGCCGCCAGUUACUUCGGGGCCUUCCGGCUCGACCUGUGACACCGCCUGCGCUCCCACUUGCCCCUGGAUUGUGGCCAAUGGCCCGGGGUGGCACAGGAUUCUUAUGGCUGCGUUGUCCCUUGUGGUGAGGGAUGAGCCAAGAGGGGCACAGGGCUGGCUGCCUGCAGGGCCCUGCUGUGCUUGGUGCCACCCUCCAGCCGUCAACCAGGAAGGGUCUCCGAGGGCCUACAAAGGACAGGCACAAGGAGGGACAUCCUAGCCCUGGUGGCACAGCACCUCUCUGCAGCAGGAAAGGCACCAGGGCCACAUCUGCCGCUGCAAGACAAAGUGUCCCCAUGGCAGGGUGACAUCCAUGAGUCUGAUGCUACCUUGGGCAGGGCUGUAGGUGCCAGGACCUGGGGCUGGAAGCGCCCUGGGACACAGGGCUGGCACCCCUGGGGCACACCUUGUGGGGAUGGGGCAGGUCCAGUGUCGGCCUCUGGGAGGGAAUGAAGGAGUUUCAGUUUGGGAGAGGAAAGCCUGGGGCAACAGCAGCGAUGGUUGCAGGGAGGGCAAAGGGCAGGACCGUGACACUGCAGCAGUCGCCAGCCCUGGCACCACACCUGGCACGUGGCACUGGGGCACGUGGUGACCGAGCCAGGCUGCACAGGACCAGGAGCUCAGCACGGCUGCUGACCAAGCACCUCUUCCCGUGUGGAUUUUGUCCCCUCCAGCCCUCACGGACAGCGCAGUCCCCACUUCCUCACACCUCCAGCCCUGGCAAUCCCCGCAGGAUUCCAGCUCUGGGUGAGCCCAGUGGUCACAGCAAGACCUUGGAGGGACCAAACCAGCCCUGGGGUGAUGGAUGCCAGCCCAGAGGCCAAAGGUGGGUUCAGGCAGGGCAGAGCAGGGCCCAGCUGGCUCAGCCCAUGGACACUGCGUGGGCACAGCCCCCUUCUCCAACUCCCCCUGUACUCUCUGUAUCCUGUUAAAACUGGGGGGAUUUACACAGUGGCAGUGUGGGCUGCCACAGGCAUGGGGCUCCCGGGGACGACGGAAUAAAGCCUUGUACUCCAGCGCAGGUCUGGCCCCUUUGCACCCAGGACACAGCCCGGACAGGGUGGACCCAGAGCCAAGUGGAGCAGGGCUGGGGCGCUGCCAGAGCUUCAGACAGAGCCCAGCAAAGUCUCCUGCUCAUCCUGCACCCACAGCACCUCCAGGGGCUCUGCAGCUGCCAGCCCCCACGGACACCCGAGGCAGUCCCAAGGGGAUGUGUUCCUGCUUCUCAAUCCAGAGCCUGCAUUCCCGCUGGACUCAGCUCCUGCAGAGACCCCAUGAAAUCUGAGCCCACCCCAGUUCCUCCCCUGCACCCAUCAGCUCCCAGGGGGUCCCAGUGCUCCUCCUCUUUGAGUCUGGGAUUGCCGAACCCAGCGCAGGAGGCAGCCCGUCCCCGGGGUCACCGAUGGGCUGUUCCUGGGCUGUUCCUGGGCAGCUCCUGCCAUCCCUCCUGCAGCUUCCCAGGCCUGACUGCCGGCCGGGGCUGGGGGCCGAGCCAGGCAGUUCCCACAUCCCCCCACCCCCAGCUGCUGGGCAUUCCCACUCUCCAGCCCCCAUCUCCUGCGGGCCCCUGCCACAGGGGGGUUGAUACAAACCCCACAGCAUGGUGCCACCCUGGCCCUGCACACAAGCACCUGGACCGGCCCCCAUGCAAGGGAACAUUCCCCAGCUCAUCCAAAAGCUCAUCCAAAGCCAGAGAGCACCAAGAACAGCCUCCUGCAGCCUCCAAAGGGGUGACAGGGCUGAUCCCCCCUUGGCAGGGCCCCAUUUUCCCAGUCCCCUUGGAGGGAUGGAGGGAGCUGAGCCGAACUUUGGCUCUGCAGCGCUUGGCCCUGGAGCACACUGGGCUCUUGCCCAAAGCCAAAAAAGCACUCCAAACCCCUCCAUUCUAAAACCAUCCCCUUUCCUCCAACUCUCAUCCCCCCUCCUGCUGUCCCAGCCCCCUCGGUGACCCACAGCAGGGUCUUGACACCCUGAGGUCUCAAACAGCCGCGGGAGCACCGAGCUCAUCCCGCCUCUGGCAGCAGCCAUGGGAGAGCAGAGCUGAAGCAGGGAACAGGGGCUACAGGAAAUGCAGCAGGUGGUUCCAAGAUUUCCUUUGAAAGGGAGUUUAACACGGCCCAAGGGAGCCAGCAGAGGCUGUGUUUGCCGUGGAGGAAGCAGGGAAAGCAGUGAGUGGGGAGAGCUGGGCUCGGUGCCAGCGGGCAAUGGCCCACCCCGCUUUCCUGGAAAGGAGAGGGCUCGUGGGUGGGUGGAUGGGAGAAGGAGAACUCCAGCAGCAUCAGGGCAAAGAGCAGCCUCACCCUGUCUGGGGAGAGCCCAGCUGGAAUUCCUCACUGUGAGGAACUGGCACAGGUUACCCCGCGAGCCUCAGCCCCUGUGGCCCCUCUGCCUCCCCCAUCGCCCUCCCUGUCCUGGUGCUUCCAGCAGGAGGACUGGACACCCCCAGCCUGGCCAGGGCCGGGCUCCCACCUGGACACGGGGAUUGGCCACCAGCAGGAGAACCCAGCAGCAUGAAAACCUGGCCUCCACAAAAACUGCCUGAGGCACCUGUGCCAGCAGUGCCUGUCCCAGGACGUGCUCCAGGAAAGAAAGAACAAAGUGUGGAAAGACCUGGAUGAGGACACACCACUGUUCUCUGACUAAGGAAACAAAAUCU